AUGGAAGUUUUGGAGUUUGAUUCAAAGAAGAAAGAACUGUGUCUGCUUGAAGUACCUGUUCCUCCCAAAUUAUCUGAUCACGAUGUUCUGGUAAAAGUGGCUUAUGCAGGUAUCUGUGGCAGUGAUUUAAAAAUGCUUAGUGGCGAUAUUCCAGUCGCUGACAAGAUCAUUCUAGGGCAUGAGAUUUGCGGCACUGUGGCAGAAACAGGAAAAGAAGUAGAUAGCAUUAUACCGGGUGAUCGGGUGGCAAUUGAUCCUAAUAGUGGUUGUGGUGUUUGUCCAGAAUGCGCUGAUGGUAACUACCAUUACUGUGAAUGUGGAGGAGGUAACAACUAUGUUGGCGUAUUUCGUAAUGGGGGAUGGGCUGAAUAUUGUGUGGUUCCAGCAAGACAAGCCUUCUUGAUACCAAAAAAUAUGGCAUUUGAACUUGCUGCACUAACAGAGCCGUUAUCAUGUAUCUCGCAUGGAUGGGACAAGAUUCAACCUCUUCAGAUUGGGAAAAGAAUUCUUAUCUUAGGAGCAGGAAUUGCUGGAAAUCUGUACGCAUGCCUGUUCCAUUUAAACGGGCAUCGAAAAGUAACCGUUUGUGAGCCGCAGGAAGGACGACGAAAACUAUUCGAUAAUAUUGGUAACAUGCGAGAGCAAUUUAUAUUUAAUUUAUAUUACACAGGCUUUGAAAUUAUUACACCGAAUCAGCUCAAAGAACGGAAAGCCAAAUGCCCUAAUUGGAAAGUGGAUGUGGUUGUUGAUUGUUCUGGAAGCGUCAAUGCCCUGGAAGAUGCUGUGGAACUGUUGAAUAACGGUGGUCUGCUGAGUAUAUAUGGAUUAGCUCCCCCACAGGCAAAAUUUAGGCAAGGUGUCACCUUUCCUGUUAUUCGAGAAAGAACUGACUAUAAAUUCUGUUCUACUAAAUCCAUUUUGCUUUAG